UAUACUGCACCCCACUGCUGCAUCGUUGACAAUAUUAUAUUAACCAUAUAAAGGAAAGAAACAAAUGGACAACAAAAUUCGACCAUUAUCAGUGUCAUCGCAUUCCAAUUUCUUCUCCUCACUAAAACAGGUUGAAAAAAGGUUAAAAUUAGACCAAACUUUACAACCAGCAAUAGAAUCUCAGAUACAAGAAAGCACUUUGGGUUCUCCCAUCUUCCUUCAAUCCAGUGGUAGCCAGAUUUGUCCCUCCCAAGAUAGCAGUGAACCUCCUCAAGCAUUCCUCUCAGUUUCCCAAGAAUUUCCAACAAUCAAUCAAGACCCUUCUCAUUCUCAAACAGAUCACAUCACUUCUGCAAAUGAAGCUGAAGACAAUGAUGAUGAUGAUGACAUUGAACAGUUAAUGCAGCUCUUGGGGUUAUCAGAGGUAAAAGAACAAAGGGAUGGUGAUUUUGAUGAAGGUGAUUCAUGCCACUGUGACGGUGGCUUUUAUGCAAAAAUUGUUGGUGUGGAAGGGCCAAAGUGUAGGAAAGAGGUGCUGAGGUUAGAUGGGUGGAUCAACCACUUUAUGAAUGGUGGUGGGGAGGAGAAGCAAGAGCCUUUGAGAUUGGCACACCUGCUUUUGGGGAAAUCUGCUUUUGUUUCUGAUGGUGCUUUUGGAGAAUUGGAUUUCCCUUCAACCAUUCAAGAAUUUCUUCAUACUGAUCCUCCCACUGAUUGAGGCAAAUCCCUAUUUUGUUAUUACUCUUUAGCUUUGUUGUUUUAUUUUAUGAUAUUCUUCUUUCUAAUUGUUAUAUGCAAGUGCAACUAUCUAGAAACUUUAGAGCCUUUAUGACUAAUACAAAACUUGGGAGAUUCUUUCAUCAUGGCCCUAGGAAUAUUGGGCAAUUAAUGUUA